CUGUUUAUUGAAGCCGGGGGUGCCUCCGUUUACCGCCAGCAUCUAUCUUAGCACCAUACAAAUGCCGGUACGCAGACCCCGCACGACUUAGUAGUGCAGCAGUAAUCGAGUGAACCGCAACACUUCAUGUGACACCGGUACUAAGAGCACAGAUCGGAAAUCGGAAGAAACUGCUUCUGUCGCGCGGUAAAAGAACAACUAGCAAACCAACGGUAACUGUGGCUUGAAAAUUAAUUCGUUGUCACUCGUUUUUGGAACUUUCACGUGUCCAAGUUUGAAGUUAAUAAGUGUACUGAUAAGACCGCACGUGAGUCAUGCAUCCAGCGUUCGAUAAUGCCGGUACUAGUGAAGGACUCGAGGUGUGGAGAAUCGAGAAUUUCGAGCCAGUGCCGGUGCCGAAAAACACGCACGGAAAAUUUUACGUCGGAGAUUCCUACAUCGUACUGAAAACCAAAGUGACAAAGGGUAAAGUGUUCUCGUGGGACAUACAUUUUUGGUUGGGCGCGGAAACUAGUCAGGAUGAGGCCGGCUCGGCAGCAUUUCUUACCGUACAACUGGACGAUCGUCACAAUGGAGCCCCGGUUCAGCACAGGGAAGUUCAGGAUCACGAAUCCAGUCUGUUUCUAAGCUAUUUCCCAGGAGGAGUCCGAUAUGCCGAAGGUGGUGUAAAAAGUGGAUUCAACGAGGUCGAAACCAAUGCCGCCGGAGAAAAACGCCUAUUCCACGUCAAGGGUUCCAAAAAUGUACGAGUACGGCAGGUGCCGGUUGGAAUUGCAUCCAUGAACACCGGUGAUUGCUUUAUCUUGGACGGGGGCUACGAUAUUUACGUUUAUGUGGGACCAAGGUCUAAGCGGGUGGAGAAAAUGAAGGCAAUUAGCGCUGCCUGCCAGAUCCGAGACCAAGAUCAUGCGGGUCGAGCCAAUGUUCAUAUACUUGAUGAAUUUGCGAGCCACGCAGAUCAACAGGAAUUUUUUGAUGUGCUCGGCGAAGGGUCACCGGAUGAAGUGGCGGAAGAAUCGGAAUGCGACGAUGAAUACGAAGAAACUGCAUCUAAAUCAAUCGCCUUAUACAAGGUUUCUGAUGCUGCUGGUAGUCUGGAGAUUACUCCCGUUGGAGAACGGCCUCUUAAACAGAGUAUGCUAGACUCUGAUCAGGACUGCUUCAUUCUGGACACGGGAGCAUCGGGAAUAUUCGUUUGGGUUGGCAAAGGAGCAACGGCUCAGGAACGAGGACAAUCUAUGGUGAAAGCUCAGGAAUUCAUCACCAGCAAAGGUUACCCCGUUACUACCCAAGUUCAUCGCGUGAUUGAGAAUGGCGAGAAGACCGAUUUUAAACAGUACUUUGCCAGCUGGCAAGAUAAAGGACUUGAUCAUAGUCACCUUAUUAAAGCCGCAAUGGAUGACGACAGUUCCGAUGCAGGCGGCGAAGAACGAGAGUUCGAUCCAGAAAUCUUACAUAUGUUCAAAAAGAACGGCGGUCGAGCUCUUGGUUUUAUGCCGGAUAACGGACAAGGCGAAGCGGAAAUUUGGCGGGUAGAAAAUUUCGAGCUAGUUCCACUCGAACCACAAACAUAUGGAAUGUUCUUCGGAGGCGAUUCGUAUGUGAUCAAAUACGAAUACCGCAACAAACGCGGCGGUCAUGGAUUCAUCCUAUAUUACUGGCAAGGUAAGGAAUCAACAACCGACGAAAAAGCGGCUGCAGCUAUGCAUACGGUCCGUUUGGAUAACGAGCUGAAUGGAAAAGCAAUUCAGGUUCGUGUAACUCAGGGGAACGAACCGCGUCACUUCUUGAAGAUUUUCAAAGGAAAACUUAUUAACUUCACCGGAGGACAUGCCUCCGGAUUUAGAAACAUCCACGAUCAUGAUUCAUACGACGUUGACGGCACACGUCUGUUCCGAAUCAGAGGGACUUGCUCCGACGAUGUCCGUGCCGAUCAACUUCCGGAGGUCGCUAGCUCAUUAGCUUCUGAUGAUGUUUUCAUAUUGGAAACUCCUUCUGCAACCUACAUUUGGCAUGGCGUUGGUGCUUCCGAACAGGAAAAGGAAAUGGCUGCUAAAAUUGUUUGGAUCAUCUCACCACAGGUUUCGCCACAGUUGAUCUCCGAAGGUUCCGAGCCGGAUGAAUUUUGGGCAGCUCUCGGUGGAAAAGGAGACUACGAUCGUGAGCUCGAUCCAACGGGAGCACCAUUCCUGAAUCCACGUUUGUUCCACUGUAGAAUAUUGUUCAACAAGCGACUUCGAGUGGAAGAGGUCCCCCAUUUUGAACAAGAUGACCUCAACGUGGACGAUGUAAUGGUUCUGGACGGUGGUGAUGAAAUCUACGUUUGGAUCGGUAACGGAGCUACCGAAGAGGAACGCACCAAAUCAAUUGACAUGGCAAAACAAUACAUUCGAACCGAUCCGUCGGAGCGCAAUGAGGAAACCGUUCCGAUCAUAAUUUUGAAACAGGGUGAAGAGCCCCGCAGUUUCAAACGAAUGUUCCCCUCAUGGAAUGAUAGCCACUGGGAGUCGCAGCCAUCGUACGAGGCAAUCCGGCAGCAUGCCUUGGACCAAAAUCAACCUCGUCAAUGAAACAAAGGAAAAUGUCACACGCACAAAACAUGUUUAUUUAUUCUGUCACAAAUCGUACAACUGUUUUUUUAUGUGCUUGUAUUAAUAAAAAAAAUAUUAAAAGCCUACAA